AGGAAUUCGUUGAAAGGAACGAAGUAACAGUUCUAUUGAAGACUAAUGGAUGGACUUAAUGGUAUUAUUCAGUCCGAGAUUUAUUAAAUAUCGCAAAUGUGAAGUGUUAUCAGCGAUUCAGUGACACAGAUUAUUAAUAGCCUGUUCGAAGAAAGGAUGAGAUUAGCAUGGAAAAAGAAGAAAGAAGAAAUGUUUGCCUUGUUUUCUCCCCUUCGCCCUUUAAGGAACAGUUCAAUGAACCAUGGAAUGUGAAGUUUAUAUCCAUCUCAAGGACUGGCACUACCUUCUUUCGUUCUUUUUUCCUGAAACCUUGCCCUGAUACCGUGUUUUCGUGAAAAAGACCAGUCUGACCAUCGUUCAGCCAAGCCCCAAACUAAUCGUCGAAAUUUCUAUAAAUAGACACGUUUCUCGAUCAAUUCUAAACAUUCCCAAUAUUGAUACAUUAUUUAUUUAUUAACUCUACAUAGUAUCAGAGUCCGCAAGUAUUUAUUUUCUGCAAUUACUAAUCGCGGUGCAAUUUACUACGCUUUUAAUUAACCACUGAUACGCGAUUCAAGUUUAAAUCCCUGACAAGCAACUGUGUAACCAGUUACAUUUGAUAUUACAAGACGUUACUUCCCUUAAGAACCGACGACACCUGUUUAGCAAGAAGGAAACAGGAAGCAAUUAGUGUUGAGAGACUUAAAAGAAUUAAUGAGCUAAAUAAUCAAUAAUUACCAAUGGAAUGAUCUCUUACCAAUGACACAAUAAUUUCCUUUCACUAAUCUAAGAUGAAUGUAUCUUAUUCCUAAUUUAAAGUACUAAUACCAAAAUCAAAUUUGAAUACAAAAGAAGGAAAUUCCACGAACAGCAUACAGGAAAAAGCUUCUGUUUCUCGCUAAGAAAUUUCAAAGCAACGAGAGAAAACUACCUGACCGAUAUUAUGUACACGAUACACGAAGAAAUUCCAUUCAUCGUGGAUCAAAAGGAAAUGCACGCGGUACGUUGGCAUCUGCUAUGGUGCACGAGGAACACAUGGCAAGUUCACGGCCGUCCCUUACGUGCAGCCUUCACCUCGGCCUCUUCAAGGCCAACACGAGAAUCCUACUCUCUAUGCAAAUGCUCGUGUGGACUCGACAUAUUCAUAUUCGACAGAAGUGCUUUCGCGCGAUAAAUCAUAGCUGAGCCGGUUCCGUCGCCCGACUUACAUAAUCAACGAGGACGCAAAAUUUCUAUCAUUAACCGCUACAUUUUUUUUCCUCGUUACAUUAUAUAUUCGUGAUUCGUAUCGGGCAAACGAUACGGCGACCCGUUAUCGAACGAGGAACAUUAGAUAAAAUCGAGAGAAGAAUACAUGAAGCACAGUGUUUGCGAAAUGAGUUUUUCAUAUGGAAUCAUUAAUCAAAUGAGCGGACUGAUUCGAUGUCAUUUAUCACGACCAACUUCUGAAUCUUUCUAGUAUAAUCAUCUUAUGGUCGUGAUAAACAAUCCUAUUAAGUUUGGAGCGUGACACAGUUUCGUGACAUAAAAGUACCGUAAAAUACCACUUAUGGCAUAUCAAUUUGAAGAUUAAAAAUUAAUCAAAAUAACUAUCUUUCUCAUUUGGAGAUAUAAAUUAGUGGACAAUAUUAACUGUAAAUUAGUCAAUCCAUUAUUUAUUUAUUAUUUGUAUUAAGAAUAUCUUCUGUACUUUUACGUCGCACCCUCAAGAUCAAGUAUUAAAUCAUUCAGAAGCUAUCUCUCAAAGUUCGCGAAAAAUUCGUCAGCUUCGAAUCUGGUUCACACCCUCUGCCCAACUUUCAGCUCGCUCAUGCCUCGAUGGUGCUGUUCGAUCGGUAAAAGAACAACAGAAGAGCCCGAUGUUUCUCGUGACUCGAACCUGCUGGGGGCAAAGAACAGCUCAGAGCAACGAGAGGGGAGAACGAGCCCGUUAUAAGCACGAGCACCGGCUAUUCAGCAGCUUAGCAACUUAGUGUCGGUCCCUGGAUCCCUACUGGUAACAACGACAGGGACCAAGACUCGUGUUCCUCCUCGCGUGUUUAUUUUUCUUCCGGUUCCCGUGUUCACCGACGAACGAUGGACCAACGACGUCGAACGUUAUCACCCGCAACGAUGCUGAUGAUGGUCAUGAUGACACUCGCGAUGAUCUUGUCGAUCUCUGCCUCCACCGACGCAGAUCAGCUAGGAAAAUCGAUGAUCUUCGAAUCGUUGGAGAAGGUCCAUCACGACGAAAAAGAUGACAAUGCGGUGGUCGUCGACGCUGCCGGCGACUCGGAUGCUCCAUUCGAGGCGAGGGACGGUCGUGGUAUCCUUUGGAACGGUAUUUCCAAGAGCGAGUCUUGUCUGACGUCGAAAGGCGAUAUUGGUCGUUGCACCAGCUUCAAGGAGUGCUACCCUUAUUUCAAGAUCCCUGAUCUCAGCGCCCUCGACGGCUGGGUUCUAGGCGUUUACGAUACCUGCAGCUACGUGCGAGAUAAUGGCCAAACGGCAUUCGGGAUCUGCUGCUCCAAUGUACUUCCCGUUGUCAUUCCACCCUUGGAUAACAAUGAAGAACCCAUUCCAGAGGACGUACAGGGUAACGAUAAGAACAAGGAGCAAGGAAUGAAACCAAGGCCGCAGACACCGGGUCUUGGUUCCUGGCCGCCGCCGAUACCGACGCAUCCACCCGAUCACACGAUACCACCGUUGCCAACUCAUCCGCCGUUUCCUGAAUUACCAACGAUCUCGACGAUCAAACCAGUUUCCACGUCGAAGAAACCUGGCAUCGCGACGACCUGGCCGACGAAAAAACCUGGCUGGUGGCAGGGCGCGUCCACCGCAUCGACGCCGUCGACCAGCGAGAAACCGUCCGGUACCAUUUCCAGCAUCGACGCUUCUCAGUGCGGAGCGAAAAACGGUAAUCAGGACCAGGAACGCAUCGUGGGCGGUCAGAAUGCUGACCCCGGCGAGUGGCCUUGGAUCGCGGCGCUCUUCAACGCGGGCAGACAAUUCUGCGGUGGUUCCCUCAUCGACGAUAAACACAUUCUCACAGCGGCUCAUUGCGUUGCCAACAUGAAUUCCUGGGACGUAGCAAGGCUAACUGUUCGUCUAGGUGAUUAUAAUAUCAAAACGAACACUGAGAUCCGACACGUCGAACGACGAGUGAAACGAGUGGUCAGACACAGGGGUUUCAAUGGCCGAACCCUUUAUAACGAUGUCGCUCUGCUCACUCUUAAUGAACCAGUUCCAUUUACGGAUCAGAUACGACCUAUUUGUCUUCCAAGUGGCUCGCAACUGUAUUCUGGAAAGGUUGCUACUGUCAUCGGUUGGGGCUCCUUGAGAGAAAGUGGGCCACAACCGGCAAUACUUCAAGAAGUUUCGAUACCCAUCUGGCCCAAUAGUGAAUGCAAGGUGAAAUACGGUGCAGCAGCACCUGGUGGUAUCGUCGACAGCUUCUUAUGCGCUGGUCGAGCUGCAAAGGAUUCUUGUUCAGGUGACAGUGGUGGUCCUCUGAUGGUGAACGAUGGACGCUGGACGCAAGUAGGUAUCGUUAGCUGGGGUAUCGGAUGUGGUAAAGGCCAGUAUCCUGGUGUUUACACUAGAGUAACGCACUUCCUUCCCUGGAUUUAUAAGAACCUAAAGUAAACAAUGCAACAGGGAACGCGUUACUCCACCUGUUUAAUAAAAAAAUUAUCUCAUUUUGGUCGUUGUCACCGUCACAUUAAACAUCAUGUGUUUUAUACAUGUAAAAAUAACAGCUUCCGUUUUCUAUAGCUCCUUAUACGAUAAGAUUCGCUCGAAUAAAGCGAAUCGUGGUUGCUAAGUGAUAGACAUCUUCAUCUAGAGAUAAGUAAUCAGACAAGAAUUAUAAAUUGUAA